CUUGGCUUACUAAAACCAAACAGGUUGCCCUGUUUGAUUUUAAACCGUAGCCAUCACAUAGUGCCAACAUACCUACAAUAACUAAUCAUUAUCAUUAAUAUUAGUUAUUACAGAAUACUUAAAAAAAACCGUUUUUAUUUCAGGUAACACUGAUCCAAAGAUGAUAGCGUAUGUGAAUAAACUUCGUAUGUUGAAGUUGAGACCGAAGCACAGGUUUAAGACUCCCUUCACACACGUCCAGUAUCUCAUCUCAGGAGUUGCCUUUACGGGAGGAAGACCACACUACUUACUCUCUAAUGUUUCUUUAUUACCCACCGGUUAUAUUGCGAUAAACGAUGGCAUUGCUGUAUCUAAUGGCGAGACUGUUACUUGCAUAGACGGUUUCUGGAAAUACCCGCGCACCUUGAAUGAAAAAUGUGAUGUUAAAUGCGACUGUAUAACUAAAUGGGAGCCUACAGUAAUGAAGUAUUUACACGAAUCCCGCUGUAAAUGUGGGCAUUUAUACGAUAUGUAUAAUACUGGCGUACGAAAUAAAGAAAAAUACUUUUAUCCACCCACGAGACACGGUCCGUUCUGGUUCGAUAAAGCCAAGAUUUAUCAAUUGGAUUCUAUGGAAGAUUUUAUUAAAGAUACAUUCGAGGAAGCUAUGAGAUCGGACCAAGUUACGCCUGUGCCAUCAAUGCCGACUUUAAACGCGUUUGGCUUGAAAGAAAGUGAACUAAUUGGGGCGUUUUUGGCUGAUCUCGCGGAAACAACGCCAUUACUUAUUCCUCAUUUGCCAGAAGCAAAUUUGCUCAACAAUCUUCAACAAUGGGCCAGAAAUCGAGUUAAGGGCAAUUUAACACCUAAGAAGCAUAAAAACAUGUUACUCCAGUCUCAGCGCCGUUGGCUCGAACUUAAGCACAUGGACUUCAGAGCUCGUGCUAAACCGAUACCUUUCACUUUAAAGCAAUUGAAGAGCAUGAAAUGGUCACAUCGCCAAUUAGUGCAGAGAUUGCACGAUUACCAGAUGAAUGAUUUUGUUACGAGAAAUCGAAUUAAACAACUGGAGCAAACCCGCCUUUGGUGGCCCACUUGCAAAUACGAUUAUUAUCCUAGCAAACCAUUUUUAGAUAUAUUCUUCACUUAUAUGCCUGGCAGGACGAAGGACGUCCACUUGAUUAACCCGUUUAGUGCAGAGCUAACACCUAAAUCUGGAGCUAGAACAUGUCCAUUGACGAUAUAAUGUAAUCAGCGUCAGUCGUGUUAAAAUUUUUAGGUGGAGCGGGACAUUUAACCGGCUAACUUCUUUAUCUGGCAUCUCCUGUCUCAUGUUUCGGUUCAUCAGGCAACCUCACCAAGAUGGAGUCUCACUGCUCGCACCACCCUAGGUAUACCAGCUCUUGCAUGUACCUAAUAUGAAUAAAACUUUGAUCUUGGUUACCGUAAAACGGGGUGAAUAGAAUUCGAGGGGUAAAUAGACACGGAAGAGGGGUGAAUAGAUACAAGGAAAAUUCGCCAACAUCUAUUCACCCCUUUCGUGUAUCUAUUCACCCCGUUUUACCGUUACCUAAUUGAUAUUAAUAUUGUCAAUUGUCGGUAUGUCGACCAUGUUAUUUAGUAUUUAGUUGCUAUGACAGUUUAGUGGUUUAUAAUUAUUAUGUAACCGUGUACCACACAACCAACACUUAAAAAAAUAUAUUUUGUUACGCUUAAAAUUAUAAUUAUGUAUUAUGAUCGUGUUUAGUUUACCGUUAAGUUUUACUGUGUAACAAAUAAAAAAAUCGAAUAUUCACAAAUAAACUUU